UGAAGGGAAUUCCCCAUAUUUUUUUCCCUGUACUUUCGUUUUGAUCGUUCGACGAGAUUUUUGUUUGUGUGUGUUUUGAAAUGUCUAAACAACGAGAAAAAGAGACAACUGGUGUGGACCAGUCUGAUGCCCGGGGUGGAACACUGAAUGCUACUGAUGCUGUGUCUUCAGGAAACGUGGCCCAGCGAUCUGUUCCUCGAACUGACGAUGGAACUGAGGCCAAAAUGAGAUUGUCUGAUCUAACCAGGGACUCCUAUGAAAUAGACACUGAGCGGUUUUCCUCGUAAGGGCAAAGUUGUUAUCUUCAACAACAUCAACUUCAACAAUGGUAUGCCUGACCGAGUUGGCAGUGACCAGGAUGCAUCAACCAUGUAUCAGAGAUUCUCUGAUUUAGGUUUCGAACCUCAAUUGUUAAAUGACUGUACACAUGAUGAAAUGAUGGAAAAGCUCAAAGAAGCUGCAAGUGAUAACCACAGCUUAUGCAGCUCGUUUGCAUGUGUAGUUUUGUCACAUGGGGAUCAAGAUGGAAUCUGGGCUACAGACAAAGCACCUGUUCUGAAAACUGAAGACUUAAUGGCUACUGUCAACUCUCAAAACUGUAAAAGUCUAAUCGGCAAACCAAAAAUCUUUAUUAUCCAGGCUUGUCGUGGUCUUCAGUCUGACCCGGGUGUGGACGUCAACUUUGAUGACAGGGUGAUGUCAGAUGCUGCAUCAGAAUCGGAGGAAUAUCUGGCACACCUAUCCCAACAGGAGAACACAUAUCAGAAUAUCCGCAUUCCCAGCGAUGUAGAUUUUCUACUUGUGCAAGCAACAAGUCCAGGACGGACAGCCAUCAGAAACAACCAGACAGGAUCACCUUUCAUACAACAUUUGUCUGAAGCCAUGUCCAAUAUGGAGGAAGAAGAUGACUUCAUUGCUGUCCUCACAAAAGUUAACAGGAAUAUGGCCUACAAUUUCUCCACUGGCAGAAUGGGCGGCGUCAAACAGAUGCCUUGCUUUACAUCAAUGCUUACCAAAAAGCUCCUGUUGAAGAAAGGGUGCUGAGUUAUGAUCAAGGCAAAAAUACAAGAAUUGACAAAGGUUUAAUAUAUCGUUGGAGGUUAAACAUAAGAAAUGAAUAUGGUUUUGAGAUUUUACAUGUAUAUAUUUUACAAGAAGAAUUUUGUAGAAGUAUCAAAAUCUCUUCCUUCUUCUGACUGCGUUACAAAAGAGUAAAGCAGUGAAAAAAGGCUCAGCGGAUUAAUAAGUGUGGGAAUCGGUAAUGCAAUCAUGACAUCAUCUCUUUGUGUAAUGUUACCAGAACGUCAACUAGACGGCUCAUUUUCAAAUGACUGAUCUUCACAAUUUUAGAGUUUUCUUCUGUUACCUGAUGAUCUCUGUACAAAAAGCUAAUGUCAAGUGAGUAUUUUGUCAAAAACCUAAAGUGUUGAUUGCGGAAAUGAGUGAAUAUUUAACUUCUCCACAUGGUAAGCUAACAACAAAUGGCUGAAGCAUACAGUUUCUAUAGAAAAAUCAACGACAUCACUACUAAAUCUGUGGCAAUGCCCACUGUGCCUGACAUAUAGUAAAUCUGACACGGAAAUUGUGGCUUUAUUUUUUCUUUGUACAGUAUUUCAACGAAUUGUUUGGUGUAAAUAUAUGCAUUGAAUGGUGUUUUUAUUGCAAUACUGAGUGUAUGGAUCCUUGGUAACACUUAACACUGUAUAUACUGAGUGUAUGGAUCCUUGGUAACACUUAACACUGUAUACACAGAGUGUAUGGAUCCUUGGUUACACUUAUCACUGUAUACACAGAGUGUAUGGAUCCUUGGUUACACUUAACACUGUAUAAACAGAGUGUAUGGAUCCUUAGUAACACUUAACACUGUAUACACAGAGUGUAUGGAUCCUUGGUUACACUUAUCACUGUAUACACAGAGUGUAUGGAUCCUUGGUUACACUUAACACUGUAUACACAGAGUGUAUGGAUCCUUGGUAACACUUAACACUGUAUACACAGAGUGUAUGGAUCCUUGGUUACACUUAUCACUGUAUACACAGAGUGUAUGGAUCCUUGGUUACACUUAACACUGUAUACACAGAGUGUAUGGAUCCUUAGUAACACUUAACACUGUAUACACAGAGUGUAUGGAUCCUUGGUUACACUUAUCACUGUAUACACAGAGUGUAUGGAUCCUUGGUUACACUUAACACUGUAUACACAGAGUGUAUGGAUCCUUGGUAACACUUAACACUGUAUACACAGAGUGUAUGGAUCCUUGGUUACACUUAUCACUGUAUACACAGAGUGUAUGGAUCCUUGGUUACACUUAACACUGUAUACACAGAGUGUACGGAUCCUUGGUUACACUUAACACUGUAUACACAGAGUGUAUGGAUCCUUGGUAACACUUAACACUGUAUACACAGAGUGUAUGGAUCCUUGGUUACACUUAACAUUGUAUACACAGAGUGUAUGGAUCCUUGGUUACACUUAACACUGUAUACACAGAGUGUAUGGAUCCUUGGUAACACUUAACACUGUAUACACAGAGUGUAUGGAUCCUUGGUAACACUUAACACUGUAUACACUGAGUGUAUGGAUCCUUGGUUACACUCAACACUGUAUACACUGAGUGUAUGGAUCCUUGGUAACACUUAACACUGUAUACACAGAGUGUAUGGAUCAUUGGUAACACUUCACACUGUAUACACUGAGUGUAUGGAUCCUUGGUUACACUCAACACUGUAUACACUGGGUGUAUGGAUCCUUGGUAACACUUAACACUGUAUACACAGUGUAUGGAUCCUUGGUAACACUUAACACUGUAUACACAGAGUGUAUGGAUCCUUGGUAACACUUAACACUGUAUACACAGAGUGUAUGGAUCCUUGGUUACACUUAACACUGUAUACACAGAGUGUAUGGAUCCUUGGUAACACUUAACACUGUAUACACAGAGUGUAUGGAUCCUUGGUAACACUUAACACUGUAUACACAGAGUGUAUGGAUCCUUGGUAACACUUAACACUGUAUACACAGAGUAUAUGGAUCCUUGGUAACACUUAACACUGUAUACACAGAGUGUAUGGAUCCUUGGUUACACUUAACACUGUAUACACAGAGUGUAUGGAUCCUUGGUAACACUUAACACUGUAUACACAGAGUGUGCGGUCCUUGGUAACACUUAACACUGUAUACACAUAGUGUAUGGAUCCUUGGUAACACUUAACACUGUAUACACAGAGUGUAAGGAUCCUUAGUAACACUUAACACUGUAUACACAGAGUGUAUGGAUCCUUGGUAACACUCAACACUGUAUACACUGAGUGUAUGGAUCCUUGGUUACACUUAACACUGUAUACACAGAGUGUAUGGAUCCUUGGUAACACUUAACACUGUAUACACAGAGUGUAUGGAUCCUUGGUUACACUUAACACUGUAUACACUGGGUGUAUGGAUCCUUGGUUACACUUAACACUGUAUACACAGAGUGUAUGGAUCCUUGGUAACACUUAACACUGUAUACACAGAGUGUAUGGAUCCUUGGUAACACUUAACACUGUAUACACAGAGUGUAUGGAUCCUUGGUUACACUUAACACUGUAUACACAGAGUGUAUGGAUCCUUGGUAACACUUAACACUGUAUACACAGAGUGUAUGGAUCCUUGGUAACACUUAACACUGUAUACACAGAGUGUAUGGAUCCUUGGUAAUACUUAACACUGUAUACACAGAGUGUAUGGAUCCUUGGUUACACAUAACACUGUAUACACAGAGUGUAUGGAUCCUUGGUAACACUUAACACUGUAUACACAGAGUGUAUGGAUCCUUGGUAACACUUAACACUGUAUACACAGAGUGUAUGGAUCCUUGGUAACACUUAACACUGUAUACACAGAGUGUAUGGAUCCUUGGUAACCCUUAACACUGUAUACACAGAGUAUAUGGAUCCUUGGUAACACUUAACACUGUAUACACAGAGUGUAUGGAUCCUUGGUAACACUUAACACUGUAUACACAGAAUGUAUGGAUCCUUGGUAACACUUAGCACUGUAUACACAGUGUAUGAAUCCUUGGUUACACUUAUCACUGUAUACACAGAGUGUAUGGAUCCUUGGUUACACUUAACACUGUAUACACAGAGUGUGCGGAUCCUUGGUAACACUUAACACUGUAUACACAGAGUGUAUGGAUCCUUGGUAACACUUAACACUGUAUACACAGAGUGUAUGGAUCCUUGGUUACACUUAACACUGUAUACACUGAGUGUAUGGAUCCUUGGUAACACUCAACACUGUAUACACUGAGUGUAUGGAUCCUUGGUUACACAUAACACUGUAUACACAGAGUGUAUGGAUCCUUGGUAACACUUAACACUGUAUACACAGAGUGUAUGGAUCCUUGGUAACACUUAACACUGUAUACACAGAGUGUAUGGAUCCUUGGUAACACUUCACACUGUAUACACAGAGUGUAUGGAUCCUUGGUAACACUUAACACUGUAUACACAGAGUAUAUGGAUCCUUGGUAACACUUAACACUGUAUACACAGAGUGUAUGGAUCCUUGGUAACACUUAACACUGUAUACACAGAAUGUAUGGAUCCUUGGUAACACUUAGCACUGUAUACACAGAGUGUAUGAAUCCUUGGUUACACUUAUCACUGUAUACACAGAGUGUAUGGAUCCUUGGUUACACUUAACACUGUAUACACAGAGUGUGCGGAUCCUUGGUAACACUUAACACUGUAUACACAGAGUGUAUGGAUCCUUGGUAACACUUAACACUGUAUACACAGAGUGUAUGGAUCCUUGGUUACACUUAACACUGUAUACACAGAGUGUAUGGAUCCUUGGUAACACUUAACACUGUAUACACAGAGUGUAUGGAUCCUUGGUAACACUUAACACUGUAUACACAGAGUAUAUGGAUCCUUGGUAACACUUAACACUGUAUACACAGAGUGUAUGGAUCCUUGGUAACACUUAGCACUGUAUACACAGUGUAUGAAUCCUUGGUUACACUUAUCACUGUAUACACAGAGUGUAUGGAUCCUUGGUUACACUUAACACUGUAUACACAGAGUGUGCGGAUCCUUGGUAACACUUAACACUGUAUACACAGAGUGUAUGGAUCCUUGGUAACACUUAACACUGUAUACACAGAGUGUAUGGAUCCUUGGUUACACUUAACACUGUAUACACAGAGUGUAUGGAUCCUUGGUAACACUUAACACUGUAUACACAGAGUGUAUG